GGCACAAUCCACGGCUGGGAUGGCAGUGGGAGGGGACCCUCUUUCCUAAUGGGGUUAUAAAAACAGCGCCUUUGGCGGGGUCCCGUCCUCUGCUACUCUUGCUCCGGGGUCCCCGCACCAGAGACGCAGCAGCGCUCCCACCUCCCACUCGCUCGCCUCUCCUGUCUAAGCCAGUCCGUGCAGCCGCACCCACCCAGCCCAUCGCCUCCCUCCGCAGCCAUGUCCACCAGGUCCGUAUCCUCGUCCUCCUACCGUAGGAUGUUCGGUGGCCCCGGUACCGGGAGCCGGCCGAGCUCCAGCCGGAGCUACGUGACCACGUCCACCCGCUCCUACAGCCUGGGCAGCUCGCUGCGCCCCAGCACCAGCCGAAGCCUCUAUGCUUCGUCCCCGGGUGGCGGCUAUGUUUCCCGGUCCUCUGCCGUGCGCCUGCGGAGCAGCGCAGUGCCCGGCUUGCGGCUGCUGCAGGACUCGGUGGACUUCUCGCUGGCCGAUGCCAUCAACACCGAGUUCAAGAACACCCGCACCAACGAGAAGGUGGAGCUGCAGGAGCUGAAUGAUCGCUUCGCCAACUAUAUCGACAAGGUGCGCUUCCUGGAGCAGCAGAACAAGAUUCUGCUGGCCGAGCUCGAACAGCUCAAGGGCCAGGGCAAGUCGCGCCUGGGGGACCUGUACGAGGAGGAGAUGCGGGAGUUGCGCCGGCAGGUGGACCAGCUCACCAACGACAAGGCCCGCGUCGAAGUGGAGCGCGACAACCUGGCGGAGGACAUCAUGCGGCUCCGCGAGAAAUUGCAGGAGGAGAUGCUUCAGAGAGAGGAAGCCGAGAGCACCCUGCAAUCUUUCAGACAGGAUGUUGACAAUGCUUCCCUGGCACGUCUUGACCUUGAACGCAAAGUGGAAUCCUUGCAAGAAGAGAUUGCCUUUUUGAAGAAACUGCAUGAUGAGGAAAUCCAGGAGCUGCAGGCCCAGAUUCAGGAACAGCAUGUUCAAAUCGAUGUGGAUGUCUCCAAGCCCGACCUCACGGCUGCCCUGCGUGAUGUCCGUCAGCAAUAUGAAAGUGUGGCUGCCAAGAACCUUCAGGAGGCAGAAGAAUGGUACAAGUCCAAGUUUGCUGACCUCUCCGAGGCUGCUAACCGGAACAAUGAUGCCCUGCGCCAGGCGAAGCAGGAGUCAAAUGAGUACCGAAGACAGGUGCAAUCCCUCACCUGUGAAGUGGAUGCUCUUAAAGGAACUAAUGAGUCUCUGGAACGCCAGAUGCGUGAAAUGGAAGAGAACUUUUCUGUCGAAGCUGCUAACUACCAAGACACUAUUGGCCGCCUGCAGGAUGAGAUUCAGAACAUGAAGGAAGAAAUGGCUCGUCACCUUCGUGAAUACCAAGACCUGCUCAAUGUUAAGAUGGCUCUUGACAUUGAGAUUGCCACCUACAGGAAGCUGCUGGAAGGCGAGGAGAGCAGGAUUUCUCUGCCUCUUCCAAACUUUUCCUCUCUGAACCUGAGAGAAACUAAUCUGGAUUCACUCCCUCUGGUUGACACCCACUCAAAAAGGACUCUUCUGAUUAAGACGGUUGAAACCAGAGAUGGACAGGUUAUCAAUGAAACUUCCCAGCAUCAUGAUGACCUUGAAUAAGAACUGCACGCCUUCAGUGCAGCAAUAUAUUACCAGCAAGAAUAAAAAAGAAACCCAUAUCUUAAAGAAACAGCUUUCAAGUGCCUUUCUGCAGUUUUUCAGGAGCGCAAGAUAGAUUUGGAAUAGGAAUAAGCUCUAGUUCUUAACAACCGACACUCCUAAAAGUUUUAGAAAAAGAAGUUUACAACAUAAUCUAGUUUACAAAGAAGUCUUGUGCUAGAAUACUUUUUUAAAAGUAUUUUUGAAUACCAUUAAAACUGCUUUUUUCCAGCAAGUAUCUGACCAACUUGUUUCUGCUUCAAUAAAUCUUUGGAAAAACUC